AUGACGCGCUCGCCUGCCCCCGCAUCGGCGGGGCCACCAAUACGUCUACGACACCCGCUGCCACCACCCCCACACCUCUCCUCCCGCCCACGAUCCAAAGAGGCGCGCUCGAGCUAUGCCUCUACCUCGGCAUCGGCUUCGCCAGAGUUCUUUUCGACGUCCAACGCCACCUCGCCCUACUAUACAAGCUCGCAUCCGAGUCCGGCAUCGACGAGUUCCGGUAGCAGUCUGCGCACCCCACCCGACCUGCUGGUGAAUGGGAGCAGCGUCGGCCAUGCGGUGGGCAAGGCGGUGCCCGCGGUCAACUCGUGGAAUGGCAGGGCGCUCAAGCCGCGUCAGGAGCGCAAACUCAACGCCGACGAGAUUCGACGCCGCAAGAGGCUGUUGUGCGACCUGCCCCAGCUCGAGCUCUUCCAACUCCCAAGUCCUCCGCCCAGCCCCAAACCUGCCGCGGCAGCGACAAAGCGCCCGCGAGAGGAUGACAGGGCGAUGGGUAGACAUGGGUCGUGGUCCCCAACCACAAUGACCCAGCUUGCAGCGGCGUACCGCUCAGCGGCGAGGGAGCUCAAACAUGCGGCGGAUCCGAGGGCGGCAAGUGCAUCCGCAUCGCGGCCCUCGUACGUCGCAGCCAGGCCCACCGAGGUGUCGGCACUGCAGCAGCUGGAUGCGGUGCUGCUCUUCUGCCAUGCAUUCUGGCUGGACGACCUUGCGUCGCCGCGGUGUGUGGCCAAGAACUGGAUCUCGCUCUUUGGGCUGCUGCGGUAUGCGACGAAUGCGCACGCGGAUCUGGGCAACGACGUGCUCCUCGGCGUGUGCAGGCUGGUCGAAGCCGCGGUGCUGCGCAAACUGCACAGGCACGACUCGACAAUGCUGCUCCGGGAUAUCGCCUCCGCCGACGUGGACGAAAUCAAGGCGGCGGUAGAGCGCCAGACGGCAGACCUCGAAAGAGCGGAUAGGCUAGCGGCGCAGGCGAGGAAUCUGCUCGCCGUGCCGAAUCUUGCGGCGUAUCCAGAGCUGUGCAAGACUGCACUGGCAAGUACAGUGCCGAAUACCGAAGUGGCCGCAAGGGGCGUGGAUCCAAGCACGCCAGCAAAGUGCGCAUUCGCGUGGCCACUCGACUGCAUCACGCCCAUGCCCUUGAUCGUCGCGUUUGGCAGAGCCGCCGUGGCGGAACACGCCCAGACGGCAAAUAGCCACUACGACCCCGUCAAGGUUGCAACAACCUAA